CCUACCACCAGGAAAAAGAGUAGAAAAAGUGUGGUUCCCUAACUCGAUUCUCCCAAAAUUGUCGCCCUCUAAUCGCUGCCCCGAACGCCGUGUGCUUUUCGCCAAAUCGGGUGCUAUCGGAAAUCACGGGGAAUCGACCGAAACUCCGGUGUACGCGGAAGAAACGCGAGGGCAAAAGUUGGGGCUACGCACGGCGGAGCAGGUUCAAUCUCAGUGUUGGGGUUCGAGAGCUGCGGUAAUCGAGCGCGACGUGGAACUGUGCACUUUGGGUGGGUGGGCAAGGUGCGUGCGUGCGUGACGUGAUUCAGAACACCGCACGUUCCGUGGUGUCGGUCUCCGGAACAAACCACAACAUUCCAGCGGUCAAAGGACGGCGCCAGAUUUCAGUUCCGGCGGGUGGUGGCGUGUGUUUUGUUGCGUUGUUUUGAUUGCCCGCGCCUCUCCUUCCCUGCAGCGAAUUGAAAUCCAACCAGAUCUCCCCGCACACCGACCAGAAAGUCACAGCUACUACGUUGACCGUGAACGAGCGAUUAAGCAAUCAUGGAUAAAUUCAUCAGCAUGUGGAAAGUGCGAGAACUCGCCGAUAAGGUCACGAACGUGGUGAUGAACUACACAGAGAUCGAGGGAAAGGUACGGGAAGCAACUAACGAUGAGCCGUGGGGACCGACGGGGCCGCUGAUGCAGGAACUAGCGCACGCCACCUUCACCUACGAACACUUCCCGGAGGUGAUGUCGAUGCUGUGGAAGCGCAUGCUGCAGGAUAACAAGACGAACUGGCGCCGAACGUACAAAAGUUUGCUUCUGCUCAACUACCUUGUCCGCAAUGGGUCGGAGCGCGUUGUGACGUCCUCGCGGGAACACAUCUACGAUCUGCGCUCGCUCGAGAACUACACGUUCGUCGACGAGAACGGCAAGGAUCAGGGCAUUAACGUGCGGCACAAGGUGCGCGAGUUGAUUGACUUCAUCCAGGAUGACGAUCGGUUGCGCGAGGAGCGGAAAAAGGCCAAAAAGAACAAGGACAAGUACAUUGGCAUGAGCUCGGAAGCGAUGGGUGGGUUGCGAUACGGUGGCAGCGGCGGCGGUGGAGGAGGAGGUGGUGGCUCCGAGUACGGCGGUUACCGGGACAGCUACGAACGGCGUAGUGAGGAUCGAUAUAAUGAAUCACGAGGAGGUGGUGGUGAUCAUCACGAGUACGACUAUCAGUAUGAAGGUGAGCGAGAGGAUUCGGACAAUGAAUCGAACGGACCGUACGAUCGCUCCGCGAACCGCUAUCAGGACCGAGAGCCCGGUUCGAAAAGUCCUGCCACUCGCCAAUCGUCCAGCCUGUCGAUCGGAUCGACGGGUGGCAGUGGUGGUGAGCGCAAGAUAAACCUCAACAUUAAACCGGUCACUACGGGGGGUAGCAGUAGUAGUAGCAGCGUGGUGACGAGCGCUCCCCGUGCGGCCGCCUCGAAGCCGACGAAAAAGAUCGAUCUUGGUGCGGCGAGUGGUUUCGCAAAAACGGCUGCUGCUGCAGCUACCUCGUCCGGCACAACGAAAGACUUCGGUAUCCACUCACCGACCCACCGCAAUACGCACGCGGAGGAAAUUGUUGGUGCCGGUAACCAGCAGGAGGUGCUGGAAGAUCUGUUCAAGACGUGCCCGACCAAGAGCACGUCGGCCUCGGCGUCGCUCGUCGGUAACAACGACGAGGACGAUGACUUCAAUCCUCGUGCCACGGAAGAGUUCGGUGACUUUGAGUCUGCCUUCGGUGGUGGUGGUGGCUCGAGCAAGGCUCCGGCAACAUCGGCGAGCAAGGAGGGAGAUGAAUUUGCCGAUUUUGCUGCGUUCGGCGGAUCGGCUCCAUCGGGUGGUACCGGUGCUGCACCAGCGGCCACCGCAGAUUUGCUGUUUGGUCUGGGUGGCGUCGCUCCGACCGCGACGACGGCAAUGCCAGCCAUGGCGAGUAGCGGUUCCGUCGAUAUACUUUCCGACCUCAGUGGCCUAUCGCUCGGUGGAGGCAGCAGCACGAAUGCUGCCCUGUUCUCAUCGCUCAACCAGACCGCCAGUAGCAGCAACGGCGGCGGUGGUGGUUUGCUCCAGCCAAUAUCACUCCUGACCCCCAAUAGCAUCAACAACAACAAUUCUUCGCUAUUGCCCGGUGGCCCUGGAUCGAAUCAAAGCACCGGCACGAUGCCACCGAGUACCGUCGGCACAACCUGGAAGAAUGCCGGCAACAUUAACAUCGAUCUGGACAAUCUGCUCGGUAACGGUGUGAAGGGAGGCAAAGGUUCAGCCAAUGCACCAUCGAUGAACCAGAUGAAAAGCAUCCACUCCAGCCCCGUCCAUCAGCAGCCACAGCAGCCAAUGGCGUCCCCCCUGAGCCCAAUGGGGUACGGCAAUUUUGCGGUCGGUGCACAAGCUCCACCGUCAGCCGCAACUACGGUGCAACCGGCCAUGAUGAUGGGUGGUAUCGGUGGUGGUUCGUUUCUGAAUGGCAGCAGCAGCAACGCGCAACCAUCAUCCGCUGGUCCGGCAUUUGGUGCGUUUAAUGCGUUUCAAUGAUCCUACGCCUCCGCCAUCGUCAGCGCCGGCGGGACGUAGGCAUGUAGCAUAAUAACAAAACAAGCGGACCCUUUGACAGACACACAGUGGGAACCGAUUUUGUUGUCUUUCAACGGAAGGGCAAUUUUCGAAUCCACCGGAAUCAUCUUUCUCCGAUCCUUGCCAAACGGAACGAUUGCCGAUGAACCGCACAUCUUCCUUCCGACCCUCCGAGGACCCCUUUCUAAUAUCCCUUUACCCACCACAUAUUCACAUUGCGGCCUAUGCGAGAAACAGAGAGAAAGAGAGAGAGAGAGAGAGAGAGAGAGAGAGAGAGAGAGAGAGAGAGAGAGAGAAAGAGAGAUACAGAUACAAGUGACCUACCCCUAACCCCUCUCCUCGUUCUCUGAUGUCCCCGAGAGAGAGAGAGAGAGAGAGAGAGAGAGAGAGAGAGAGAGAGAGAGAGAGAGAGAGAGAGAGAGAGAGAGAGAGAGAGAGAGAGAGAGAGAGAGAAAGAGUACACCAUUGGUGCACCAGAAGCGAAUACUUUAACGAAAUCGUAUAUAUCAGUAUUGCAUUCUCUGCCACAGGCUGCAGUAGCCCACGGGCCGUUUUCUUUCCAUUCUCUUCCAUUUUAGUGCAAUUGCAACCGUUUUCCCUUUUUGCAAACGAGAGGACACAUUUCCAUUAAUUACUUUUAGAACGGCCAGACCCUGACACCACAGCAGGCAGGGGCCUUACUGUUACUCACGUUCGGAAGCGGUACGUGAGGUAGAGGUGUUAUUGGCUACUGCGACUGCCGUUGCGACUGUAGCUAACGUACUGUUAAUGUUAGUGUAUCCUUUGGUAUCAUUCCUACCAGCUCCGCGCUCCGUUCAUUGCGUUUGAUCGGUUUGCGAUUGAGGCGUGCGACCAAUGCGUUCCGAUGGUCGUGUCUCAGUGUAAGCGAUACACGUGACUAAUGCCCGAGGAGCCUUUUCUAAAUUAUUAAACCACAACACACCGUAUGAAAACAGGGUAACACAUUGGAUAACAGGAGUGAGUUAAAAACGUUGUUACAAAAAAAAAACAAGAAAAAACUAAAUUGCUGCCGUGGAAUUCUGAGUCUUAACAUUUUGACUGACGGCAGAUCUGAAGUUUGCGAGGAAUUGCUACGGACGGUCGAGAACGGCCGGCAUUGAUGCAGAUUGCGUGUGAUUACAGGGAGUCCGGCAUCGGUGGUUUUUUUUUUUUGGGAAGAGACGAAUGCGAAUAUGCGAGGAAUAUGACGCAUAUUUCUUGGGGCGGGGAAAAAAGAAAAAAAAAGAAGUUUGGCAGUCAGUUUUGCUAUCGCUGUAUAUCGUGUACAUAGGAUUAUUGGAACAGAACUGCAACAUGGCGGUGUUGGUUCAAGGAUGAGUUGAUUCGCGCGUAACGGUACUAAGAGGGAACAUGUGCUUACGUCGGUGUUCGUUUGGAGAAGUGGAAUAUUGAAAAGAAGAAUCACGUUAGCAUUGCGUGAUUAAGUUAUAGUUGCGUACUACGUUAGCAACACAAACAAGUCAAGGACGUGUAUCCAACGUGUAAAAGUGAGAGAGAGAGAGAGGGUGCGUUACGGUAAUUCUACAAUUCCACAAAAAACACACACAGCACACAUUAAGGGCAGUUCCGAUUGCUCUUCACUUUGUCAGCAUUUGUCUUACUACAAUUACAUUACCUUUAGCAAUACACUUUUUGGGGAUAUUAUUGGUGACUGGUGGUGGUGAAUCUGAGACAAAAGGCGCGGUGUUAACCGAAGCAGGAGCAGCAUUUUCGUUAGUCAAUCUUUUGCAUGGUGUUCGUUUUCGUCCUUUUCUUUCUAGACUAUCUAGCGUAUUUUCCUUCCGGCCUUUCCCAUGUUGUAUUUUCAAGCAUUUUUCUUUGGCUCGAUGCUGUGUUGUUGUCCUAUAUAAUCAGUAAGCUUUAUUUAGUUGUUUUAUAUUCUUUUACUUUGUUUUCGCUCAUUGCAUUACUUUAUUAGCUUAUUCUACUACUAUUAGCGAGCGAUGAGCAUGCAGGGAGGUUAUAACGGCCCACCUGCUGCUGCUGUGUAACACGAGAGUGAGUGGUGGGAGAGUAGGAUAGGGUUCGACUCAAUUGUUUAAUCUUAGUAAAAGUAUUUCUGUCCGCAAAAGCAUAAACCUUUGGUAGUGCUAUUGUUAUCGUCCGCCCGUCACCUUCCGUUACCUUCCUUUGAUGAUCAUUACUUAGCGGUGCAAUUUAGUAGCUAUCCGUGUAUGCUGACUGUGCGGAGUCAACGAAAGUGUUAUAGAGAGUAAAGAGGAAAAAAGAAAAGUCGGGCAAAAAAAAAACAGGAAUAAAAACGCAACGACAAUAAAAAUAAUACGAAAAAAUGGGUGUGUUUAAAAGAGGAACAAAAUUGUAGCAAGAGGAAGUAGAGAAACUAUUGCAAAACUAUAGUAAAAUAAAAAAAACCCAACUUAAAACUAGUGGAGGAAGAGUACAGUAAACGAACCGAACAUAUCGCGAAGGAAUGAGGGAAGGAGUUUCAUGAUUCGAGAGGGAACCGAAGGAAUGAGCAGGAAUCCAUUUGGUCAGCUAAUGUGCUGUGUCUGCACUCCAUUCCAUUUGGUCAGCAGGAAUCCAUUUGGUCAGCUAAUGAGGACUGCAGAAAAAGGAGAGUAGCCAAAAGAAUGAAUUGUUUAAAAUGUUUCUAUUCUGCGAGUGAUAGGUCUAGCUCGCUCUUCUUCUUCUUCUCCCCUUCUUCUUUCUAAUCUUCUUCAGAAGUCUGAAACCAUACAAACCCGGCGGGGUUUGUCACCGAACCUUGCUCGGGCUACUUAGAACCGUGCGUGGAAACGAAUGAAAGCGGAACAUAUACAUUCUUUACAAAUAUACAUUAUAUACAUCUAGACAUAUAUACAUCUAAAGAGAUCUAGGCAACAAUAGGCAAAAGCACAAGCAGUGGUAGUGCAUCGGGUGAGUUCGGAGAACAGUACAACUCGCCAUGUAAAUCCAACCCCAUAGGGGUGUCAAUCAAUGUGAGGCCCUCCGCGGCAUCGCAUGGCGGUGUAUGUCAGUUCAUUGUUCAUGUAUCAUUUGCAGUUUUUUUCCCCCACAACAUAUUUCUGGACCCAACGAUCCCAACGUUCCCUUCCUUUCCUGCAUAAUCCGUUAUUUGUUGGUCCAGCACGUAGUAAGCUGGGUGGAAGAGAAAUUUGUCGAACCGCGGAACGAGUGAGAUGCAGAACCGUUCCUAGUUAGAUUUCGGAUGAUGAAACGAUGCGAUAAGAAGUAUUGGAUUCUUCUUGUGUGAUGUGAAAAAUUGCAAUUUCUACACGACGCACAUCGAUCGUUGUUGUGUGUAACCAUUGUGUGGGGUAACGUGAGGUUGUAGUAAUUGUGUGGUUCUUUAGAGCACUUUCAUUCUGUUACAUCCACUUCCUGAUGGCGGUGCGUGAAAAAAAAUACUGUGGAAAUUGAGAGAAAUGCAAGCGCAACACACACAUUCAGUUAGAGGAGCUAGCAAAUGCAAAAUUCCGACGGGAGCCAAACGAGAGAGGAGGACCGCGUGAAUGUAACACGACAGCAGGGAGAAACCACGACGCGUGGAAAGAAUCACGUAAUUAACGAAAGAUGUAUUUUUGUUGAAAAGAAAAUUAUAAAAUGUAUUAAAAACCCA